UCGCCGUAGACUGCGACUCGCUGGCUCUUGCUCCAAGAUGAUGCAGAGCGCGGCUGUCCCCGCGGAGGGGGCUGUCAAGGGGCUCCCGGAGAUGCUUGGUGUGCCGAUGCAACAGCUCCCCCAGUGUGCUGGCUGCAACCAGCACAUCCUGGACAAGUUCAUCCUCAAGGUGCUGGACAGACACUGGCACAGCUCCUGCCUCAAGUGUGCCGACUGCCAGAUGCAGCUGGCCGACAGGUGCUUCUCCAGAGCCGGCAGCGUCUACUGCAAGGAGGACUUCUUCAAGCGCUUCGGCACGAAAUGCACGGCCUGCCAGCAGGGCAUCCCCCCGACCCAGGUGGUCCGCAAGGCCCAGGACUUUGUCUACCACCUGCACUGCUUCGCCUGCAUCAUCUGCAGCCGGCAGCUGGCCACAGGGGACGAGUUCUACCUCAUGGAGGAUGGGCGGCUGGUGUGCAAGGAAGACUACGAGACGGCCAAGCAGAACGAUGACUCGGAGGCUGGAGCCAAGCGGCCGCGGACCACCAUCACCGCCAAGCAGCUGGAGACAUUAAAGAACGCCUACAAGAACUCCCCGAAGCCCGCCCGGCACGUGAGGGAGCAGCUGUCCUCGGAGACGGGCCUGGACAUGAGGGUAGUGCAGGUUUGGUUUCAGAACAGAAGGGCCAAGGAGAAACGCCUGAAGAAGGACGCAGGGCGGCACCGCUGGGGCCAGUUCUAUAAGAGCGUCAAGAGGAGCCGGGGAGGCAGCAAGCAGGAGAAGGAGAGCUCGGCAGAGGACUGUGGGGUUAGUGACAGUGAGCUGAGCUUCCGAGAAGAUCAAAUUCUCUCAGAACUUGGCCACACCAAUAGGAUUUAUGGCAACGUGGGGGACGUUACAGGCGGACAGUUAAUGAAUGGGAACUUCUCCAUGGACGGGACAGGACAAUCCUAUCAGGACUUGAGGGAUGGGAGUCCCUAUGGAAUCCCCCAGUCUCCAUCCUCCAUAUCGUCCCUGCCAUCCCACGCUCCCUUGCUCAAUGGGCUGGAUUACACAGUGGACAGUAAUUUGGGCAUCAUUGCGCAUGCAGGGCAGGGAGUGAGCCAGACGCUGAGAGCCAUGGCUGGGGGACCCACCUCUGACAUCUCCACAGGAAGCAGUGUAGGCUAUCCUGAUUUUCCAACUAGCCCAGCCUCUUGGCUUGAUGAAAUGGAUCAUCCUGCUUUUUAAACUUCUCUCCUCCCCACCCUACCUGUCCUCCUGAUUUGAGAGCAUAUCUUCAAGGACUGAAGGAGACUUGCCUCUUAAGGAUCAAAAAUGCGCCAAUGUGAAUUUCCAUUAUUUUCAAUGGAAGUCCUCUGCUGGUUCCUAGAAGGCUGUGCGACCUCGCUAGGGCACUGCUUUCUUGGAGGAGGCAGGAGAGCAGCCUCAGCUGCAACGGCACAGGGUGGACAGCCUGGAGCUCUAGGAUGCUGGCUUGCUGGCGCUCUCCCCACCCGCCCUGCUUGGUGGCUUUGGCUGCUCAGUGCUUUGGUAGCACAAGGCGACUGUGACAGGCCACCUGGGCCUCUGGGAACUCUGCUCCAACUGUGUGUCUCACACAAUGCCUCCCAAAUCACGGCCCUCACCAGAGCCGAGAUUCUUGAGGUAGAGCAUCGCGGCCCUUGAGUAUAAUGAGAUGAUUUCUGGACCACCCUGAUUGAACCCUGAUUUUCAAAAUAAAAUAGUCAGUUAUUAAAGGUUAGUGAAAACAUUGAUGGCCACAAUUUGAUAUUAAAAAAUCCCCCUCUCCCUUUCUUUUUGUUGCUAUGAAAAUAUGACUUCUUUCCUAUGUGAAAGUAUAAACCAGAGAAUAAUCAUCGGUUUUAGUUUUUAAGAAAUCCCUUCUAUACCACUGAAUCCCUCAUGGCAAGAAGUGCUUUUCAUUGCAGAUGACUCUGAGGCUGGAGCUGAGUGGCCUGGACCUUCACAAACUGCUUGAUGAGUCCCCUGGGCACAGUGUGCCUUUUUGAUUUGCUUGUAUCAUUUAUUACCCAAUAUAGGCUGUGGGCUACACAAUGAUCAAAGCUAAACCGUGGAGAGAACACAGUGACAAUCAGUGACAGCACUGGAAGAAGCUUUCGGGUUCCAAAUGUGCAGUCUGUUUAGCCACAGGGGCAGAUGCCAGUCUCCUUGUGGGGUGAAAUGAAAUUUGGAGUCUGCCUCGAGGGGGUUGCAAGUCUGCCCUCCUCCUCCUAAAAAUUGAAACUCUUCUCUGCUGACUCCAUUGGACGACAGCGUUGCUCUUUUGGCUUACCUUAGUUGGGAGGAGUACCCUGGGGAACAGCCUUAACACUGUCCAAAAGGUUUUGAGUGGUCCUUGGGCUGCAUCUCUCUGGGUUGCCGGCUGGACUUGUGCCAUGCCCAGGACUCCUGUCCUGUGCUCAGAAAACCAGAGCUCCCCAGUCAGUGGCAGUGCAGGGACUUCCUGCUUGCAGGUUUGCAGUAGCAUGUCACUAAGCCUGCAGCAAGGUCAAAGCUGCAACUACCACCUUGUGCACCCCACUUCUGGCCAUCAGAAUGCUCUCCAUGUGCAAGCUGGGAAUUUAGCCAGUUGCAAUUUAUUUCCAUCCCCUUGGGAAACCAUGGUUUGCUUCUUCUGGCUUCCCAUUCUCUUAAAUGAGAUUGGCAGGUAGGAAGGAGCGAG